UCUGUUAGCAUCCUGAGCUAGCGGACUGGUUAGGGAACACCGUGUAGAGGGAGGCGACCUGCGCACUGUAGGCAGAAAUAUAUCGGCGACUUCAAAUACUCCCAGCUAAUCCUUGAGCUAACCAUUAUCCCUCCAUGCUGUCCGGGAAAGAAAGAUAACGAUAAUAACCCCGCCACUGCCACCUCAAUUAGCCACCGUGCAGUGAAGAUAGGGGGGAAACUGUGUUUUGCGUGACUAGUCUCCUUUUCAAGCAGAAUUUCGUUUUCUAUUUUGAAUAUUCAGAAUUAAUCUUCAACCUCGACCAACGUUGCUCCUGUGAAGAAUGAGGUUGCCGAGUCACAGACAAUGUGCGGUGGAAGGAGAUGGAAAGAAGAUGGACCAAGCUCCUCCGUUCAGAAACCCUUUUGUGCACCUCUUGAAAUUUACCCCUCUGGAGAAAGCAAAGAUUGCUUUUAUGACAGUCACACUGUUCCCCAUCCGUCUACUCAUAGCUGCAUUCAUGAUGCUGCUGGCAUGGCCUUUUGCCUUCCUGGCCUCAGUAGGGCGCUCAGAGACCACCAUUGAACCCCAGUGCCUCUGGAGGAGGUGG